ACCUUUGUAUGCCCAGUAUACCAUUUCCCAUGCCAUUUGAAAGCAGCACGGCGCAGAUACCCAUGCCAGGUCGUGACGUCAAUUUCCCCCGACAGAAGUGAAUUUCACGGGUUUUAUCCUGUGGCCGAUAAAGAAUAUGUGGUGGAUGAAUCUGAAACCUGGCUGGCUGGUUCUGGCGCUCCUCUCCAUCACUGCUCCGGUCUGUCCAGUGCCUAUUGACCGCAAUGGAGGGACCCAAGAGGUCAAAGAGAAUGUUCAAGAAGAUAACACGGACACUGGUCUGUACUAUGAUCGAUACCUCCGAGAAGUGAUCGAGGUUCUGGAGACCGACCCUCAUUUCAGAGAGAAGCUGCAGACGGCGAACGCAGAGGACAUAAGGAAUGGUCACCUAAGUAAUGAGCUCGACCUAGUCAGUCAUCACGUUAGGACUCGUUUGGAUGAGCUGAAGCGUCAGGAAGUUUCCCGGCUGAGGAUGUUACUGAAGGCGAAAGUGGACAGCACCAACUCACAGAGUACGAAUGUGCCAAUUGACCAUGCGUCUUUGCUGAAACAGUUUGAACACUUGGAUCCACACAAUCAAAACACUUUUGAGGCCAAAGACUUGGAGCUACUGAUCUCCACAGCCACCAAGGACCUGGAAAACUUCGAUGUUGAGAGACAUGAGGAGUUCAAGCGGUAUGAGAUGCUGAAGGAGCAUGAGAGGCGGGAGUACCUUAAGGGCCUGGACCAAGAAAAGAGGAAUAAAGAGGAGAAAAUGAUGCAGGAGCUGAAGGAAAAACACCGGCAGCACCCAAAAGUCAAUGCUCCGGGUAGCGUUGCUCAGCUGAGGGAAGUCUGGGAGGAGACGGAUGGACUGGAUCCACAGGAAUUUAACCCCAAAACCUUCUUUAAACUGCACGAUACAAACGAAGAUGGCAUUUUAGAUGAAAAUGAAUUAGAAGCUCUCUUCACGAAAGAGUUGGAGAAGGUCUACGACCCUAACAAUGCAGAGGAUGAUAUGAUGGAAAUGGAGGAAGAAAGGCUAAGAAUGAGGGAGCAUUUCAUGAAUAAUGUGGAUACUAACAAAGAUCGGCUGGUCAGCCUGGAGGAGUUCCUGAAGUCCACUGAGAAGCAGGAGUUCAAUAAUCCCAAAGAGUGGGAGACCCUAGACACCCGACCGGUGUACACCGAGGAAGAACUGAAACAGUUUGAAGCAGAGAUUAAAGAGAAAGAGAUGAAACUACAGAGGAAAGUGGAGACUCUUCAACGAGAGCAGGAGCUGCUGAACGAGGGGAGCAAAGCACUGGAGGCUCAGAAGAGGGAAUACCAGCAGGCGGUGUUAGAUAUAUCUCAAAGACAAAAGAAGCAAAUGGCAGCAGAGGAGUUGCCCCCUGCUGGUUCAAAUGGAGAACUCAAGUUUCAGCCACAGCUGCAAAAGGCAGAAUAUGAAGAAUCUAAAAGCGUAGUUGAUAAGGAAAAUGAGGCACAGAAGAAUUUACCUGCUGAGUCUCCACUGAAAUCUCUUUAACGGGAUUAAUACACACACACACUGACACUGACACUGCUAUAGAUGUUCGUCAUAAACUGGAUUAUGCGAGCAGACUCGCUGUUUGUUUUGCAUAUGUUAACGUAUGUGAACUUUAAUUAUCUGUGCUAGGUUUCAGUUGGCAGAGUUUCAAUGUUGAGUCUUUGAACUUUAAAAAUGAUUGGAAUAUUUGUUGCUGUUUUUCCAAGAUCUUAAAAGACCCUAAAUAUGAAAAAAACUGAAGUAUUUGAAGAGGGGUUGUAUGAAAUAUUUGAUUUUUUUUUUUUAAAACGAGUGACUCACUCACUGGCAACAGGACUGACUGGAAAAGGAAACAAAAAUAAAUCAUAGAAUUUGAAUCGAACCUGAAAAAUAGUUACAUUGAAGGCAAUUAGACAGGGUAGGUUUUUAUUGAAGACAUUUCACCUCUCUGCCGAUGUAACUAUUUUUUUGGAUUAAAUGGACCUGGAUGACUGAGAACCUACACAGACAUUAAUUAACCUGCUUCACUUGCACCGUCCACCAAUGACUGAUCUGCUGAAUGUGUUCAUUUCAACUUUAAACCUUGAUUUAGCUUUGUAUUAACCUAGGGGUGUAACCGAGCGGGUCCUUUCAUGAUCAGAAACCCUCAAGUAUGUGUAAUGGAAUACCUAUGUACAUUAUUAUGUUUCUUUAUCGUCCACGUUUUGUAUUAAUGCAGUACUUCUUUGUAUUAAUGCAGUAUUUCUCGGAUAGGAAAAUACAUAUUAUCAGCUUCUCAAUAGUAUUUCAAUUUUGGGGGUGAAAAAAAAAUCUAUCCUCUUGGGGGGGCAUGGCAGAAAAUAAUUGAGAACGACUCUAAUAUUUACUUGACUCUACUAUGGUUCAUAACUAAAGACCAGGAGAACUCCACUAUCCCGGACUUACUGUAUUUUCCGUAUUUUAAGUCGCACCAGCCAAAAAAAUGCUUAAUGAA